UGAAAGUCAUUACCCAUUUCAUCUGCAUAAAAAUGAAGUUUUAGCUCUUUUACUAGAGGCACAUGAUGACACUGAGAACUACAAUUGGUCAAAUGAUUCACCUUAUCAAAAAAAAUUUUGCUGUUUCGCUGAUAAGUUUUCUCAUGAAAAUUGUUUUUUCUGUUAAGAAAUGAAGUUACCCGUGUGGAAAAAGCCCCCAUGAAGCCCACACGACGUGUUGUUUUGCGAAAACUAAAUGUCGUGGAAAUGAAAAUUGAUGCUCGAAACGCAAGUGGUAAUACCCCUGUCAAUGAAGUAACGGCAACAUUUUCUUCACCAGAUAAAGAUUUGGAAAUAUUUCCUGUGACCAGUACUUUGGAAUUGGAUAACGUUGAAAUUAAAUUAGCUGUUCCAGCAUUUUUCAACAAACUCUCAGGUGCUGCAGUUUAUUUAGGAAAAUCUUUUUCAACGAGAAUGACCGUCACUAAUAUUAUGAAUCAUUUAAUGACUUAUAAUGUGGGAAAGCUCUACACAAUGAAGGGAAAAGGAAAAGAUGAAAAACCGGCGUUUGAAAAUAAAAAAUUAAACGCUUUGGUACAUAGUAUUCUUUGUUUGAUGAUUUGUGACGUUUUUCACGGAUUACAGUCUGAUAAUCUCUCGAUAAGCUCAUUUGCAUAUGUUUUCGAAGGAGUAUUUGUGAUUGACACAAUAGUAAUAUUUGCUGCUCACAUAAACGGUUGGUUUAAUUUUAAGAAGUUGAAUGAUCUUUAUAAAAGUAUGAUGGAACUGAUUGAUGCGACUAGAAAUUUUGGCUCCAAGGAAAAUUAUAGUACAACUUUUAAAAGUCUACUAGGAUGGAUAUUUGCUUUUUCAUGUUUAGGCUUCAUGACAGAAAUUUGUAUGUAUAAACAAUGGCAAUUGUAUGGAAUACAUUUUUCGGUGUUCUACUUUCCAACAGUUAUAGAUUUGAAUAUACACUCAAAUAUCAAAUUCAUUGCUAUUAAAAUCAAAUUCUUAAACAACUUGCUGAUAGAAAAGUUUGAGAAAAAUUCAAAUGGAUCAAUCUUACAUGAUCUGUUAGAACAUUCUGCAUUCAACGCAAAUGCAUCUGAUGCUUCUGAUUUUCAUUCGUCAAUAGAAACAAUUUAUUUAGAGUCUAGAAAUUUAACAGAAGAAAAGAAGAGUUGUUUGCAAAAAAUAAAAUGCCUUUAUUUGAGUCUUUACAUUCAUUCUCAGCAGUUAAAUCAAAUUUAUGAAAUGCAUUUACUUUUGCAAAUGUUCUCUAACCUAUAUAAUUUAGCAAUAUUAACUCAGCUAGGGUACUGUGGAUAAUCUUUACGAGAAAAAUAUUAUGCCAAAACCAUUUAACAAAAAAUUCAUUUAUCCGAAAUUUCGUUUGUUGUAAUUUUCAAAAUUUACGAAUUAUUUUUUAAUAUUUUAAUCCAAGUCCCAGAAAUAUCAUUUUUCCUAAAAUAGCAAUGAAAUUUUAAAAUAUUUUUCCCAUCUCUGUAAUAUUUUAAGACAAAAAUAAAAUUUCUGAGACUUGCAUUAUGUGUUAAAAAAUAGUUGGGAAAUUUGAAAAAUGUCAUAUGGGAAUUAGGUUAAAAAUUCUUUAAAUCAUGUAAA